GGCACGCGAAGGAAACAUGGCGGCGGCGGGUGUUGUGAGCGGGAAGAUUAUAUAUGAACAGGAAGGGGUCUAUAUUCACUCAUCUUGUGGAAAGACCAGUGACCAAGACAGCUUGAUUUCAGGAAUAUUACGUGUGUUAGAAAAGGAUGCUGAAGUAAUAGUGGACUGGAGACCAUUGGAUGAUGCUUUAGAUUCUUCUAGUAUUCUCUAUGCUGGAAAGGACUCCAGUUCAGUUGUAGAGUGGACGCAGGCCCCAAAGGAAAGAGGUCAUCGGGGAUCGGAACAUCUGAACAAUUACGAAGCAGAGUGGGACAUGGUCAAUACAGUUCCGUCUAAAAAGAAGCCACAUACCAAUGGAGAUGCUCCAAGUCAUAGAAAUGGGAAAAGCAAAUGGUCAUUCCUGUUCAGUUUGACAGACCUGAAAUCAAUCAAGCAAAACAAAGAGGGUAUGGGCUGGUCGUAUUUGGUAUUCUGUCUAAAGGAUGACGUCGUUCUCCCUGCUCUGCACUUUCAUCAAGGAGAUAGCAAACUACUGAUUGACUCUCUUGAAAAAUAUGUGGUAUUGUGUGAAUCUCCACAGGAUAAAAGAACACUUCUUGUGAAUUGUCAGAAUAAGAGUCUUUCACAGUCUUUUGAAAAUCUUCUUGAUGAACCUGCGUAUGGUCUAAUACAAGCAGGACUGCUAGACAGAAGAAAGCUGUUGUGGGCCAUUCAUCAAUGGAAAAAAAUUAAAAAGGAUCCUUAUACAGCAACCAUGGUAGGAUUUUCCAAAGUCACAAACUACAUUUUUGAUAGUUUGAGAGGCAGUGAUACCUCUACACAUCAACGACCGCCUUCAGAAAUGGCAGAUUUUCUUAGUGAUGCUAUUCCAGGUUUAAAGAUAAAUCAACAAGAAGAACCAGGAUUUGAAGUCAUCACAAGAAUUGAUUUGGGAGAACGACCUAUUGUUCAAAGGAGAGAGCCAGUAUCACUGGAAGAAUGGACUAAGAACAUUGAUUCUGAAGGAAGAAUUUUAAAUGUAGAUAAUAUGAAGCAGAUGAUAUUUAGAGGGGGACUUAGUCAUGUGUUGAGAAAGCAAGCAUGGAAAUUUCUUUUGGGUUAUUUUCCUUGGGACAGUACCAAGGAGGAAAGAACUCAAUUACAAAAACAAAAAACUGACGAAUACUUCAGGAUGAAACUACAGUGGAAAUCUGUCAGCGAAGAACAAGAGAAGAGAAAUUCGAGGUUAAGAGAUUAUAGAAGUCUUAUUGAAAAAGAUGUUAACAGAACAGAUCGAACAAACAAGUUUUAUGAAGGCCAAGAUAAUCCAGGGUUGAUUUUGCUUCAUGACAUUUUGAUGACCUAUUGUAUGUAUGAUUUUGACUUAGGGUAUGUUCAGGGAAUGAGUGACUUACUUUCCCCUCUUUUAUAUGUGAUGGAAAAUGAAGUGGAUGCCUUUUGGUGCUUUGCCUCCUAUAUGGACCAAAUGCAUCAAAAUUUUGAAGAACAAAUGCAAGGCAUGAAGACCCAGCUAAUUCAACUAAGUACCUUACUUCGAUUGUUGGAUAGUGGAUUUUGCAGUUACUUAGAAUCUCAGGACUCUGGAUACCUUUAUUUUUGCUUCAGAUGGCUUUUAAUUAGAUUUAAAAGGGAAUUUAGUUUUCUAGAUAUUCUUCGAUUAUGGGAGGUAAUGUGGACUGAACUGCCAUGUAAAAAUUUCCAUCUUCUUCUCUGUUGUGCUAUUCUGGAAUCAGAAAAGCAGCAAAUAAUGGAAAAGCAUUAUGGCUUUAAUGAAAUACUAAAGCAUAUCAAUGAAUUGUCCAUGAAAAUUGAUGUGGAAGAUGUACUAUGCAAGGCAGAAGCAAUUUCUCUACAGAUGGUAAAAUGCAAGGAAUUGCCACAAGCAGUUUGUGAGAUCCUGGGACUUCAGGACAGUGAAGUUACAACACCAGAUUCAGACACCGGUGAAGAUGAAAAUGUUGGCAUGACUAGUUGUCCUACAUCUACAUUUCAGAGUGACUCCUUGCCUGUACUUGCUACCAGUGGAGCCAGAGAUGACGACCCAACACAGAUAUCAGUGUCCCCAAAUGUUAGCAGAUUAACACCUGCAUGAUCAUUCUUCUUGCUUAAUUUUUGAAGAGACACUUUGUUGCAACCUUUUUCAAGUACUUGAAAGGUGGAAAUUUAAAAUCUUGGUAUUGAUCAUGCUUUAAGGUUUAUGGAAAGAAAGUGUACUGAUGUUCUUGCAUUAAAGCUUUACAAAGAUUUAAACUAAUUAUUUUUGUAGUUACUUCUACCAAAUAGCCUUUCCUUUUCAAUAACAUUCCUUAGUAUUUUUAUAGCCAAGUACAUUUUAUUUUCUUGCUGAUGAACUGGAAUUGGAUAAAUAUUACAAGUGGAAGAGUUGGAAAUUAUGCACUUUGAAAAACAUUCACUUUGUUUACUCUAAGUUUAGUGGGUUUUGGAUUUGGUUAAAUUAAAUGUUGGGCCUUUCUAUAGCAUGCUAAGCUGAGAAGUAGAUUGUGUUACCCAAGCGAUGAGAUAAAAAAUUUGUUUUUUCUCUAUUGUUUACAAUAAUACUCAGCUUAAAUAUUUAUGCUGGCUGAAUGUGAUUUAAAUUGGGAUUUCAUCAAUGCAAUUUAAUGUGUAGAUAAAAAGAGCUAUUUCAACCAUAAUAAGUGGAUUGGCAGUAUAUUUUUUACAUUGAGGCUUUCUUCACUUGUAUAUAAAAACUAUAUAAGUACUUAUUUAUGAGUAUAAGAAAGGAUAGGCAUAUUUUCUUUAACUGAAUAAACUUGACUAUUGAUUUAUAUAACCUGAUUUGACAAAAGUAAUACAUAGCUUCAGUAUGAGAUCUUUUUCAAAACUAUUUUCUUAACCAAACAUUUAUUUCAUGGGACUACAUUCAACCCUGUACCUGUGUAAUUUUAAAAUUAAUUGCUUGUAAUCUCACUUUACUAAUAAUGUGUUUAUUAUCUUUCCUAAUAAUGCAUUAACUGAUUAAUCAGGUCUUUAAAUUUUUAUAAAAUGCUCUUUGCAAAAAGCUUAUGUCAAAAAUUUCAAUAUACUAUUACGAGUCUCAAAAUAAUACUUUUUUGUAUAUGAAUGAAGCUGUUUUUACCAUGCAGUGUUGCAUGAUUUUAAGUUAUGUGGAAUUAACAUAACUGAUUCCGUUUUAAUUGUAAUUUGUUAACUCCUGUACAUAUCAUUAAAAUAAAUUUGAAGUUGAAGU